UUACCGGUGAUCGGUUGGCCUAAUACUAGAAAUUCCCAACUGGAUUAAUUUCCCGUUACUCAUCCAGAGUGAAGCAAAAGCUCCGUCCGGUGCCUCGUCGGAGAGAGAUAAAGUAAGAGAAAAUCUUGAAAUUGUCGUCGGAGGAAGGAAGAAGAAAAGUAUGGGUGUGGACUAUUACAAGGUUCUUCAGGUGGACCGAAAUGCCAAAGAUGAUGACCUCAAAAAAGCCUAUCGAAAACUCGCUAUGAAAUGGCAUCCUGAUAAGAACCCUAAUAACAAGAAAGAAGCUGAAGCCAAAUUCAAACAAAUCUCUGAAGCCUACGAUGUUUUGAGUGAUCCACAGAAGAGAGUAGUGUAUGAUCAAUAUGGAGAAGAGGGGUUGAAAGGGCAGGUGCCACCGCCAGGUGCUGGUGGAUUUUCCGGCCCUUCAGAUGGGGGUGGUCAUGGGUCGUUUCGAUUCAACCCGCGUAGUGCUGAUGAUAUAUUCUCCGAAUUCUUUGGGUUUUCGACCCCGUAUGGUGGGAUGGGAGAUAUGGGUGGACGGGCUGGUGGUCCAAGUUUUUCAAGGGGUAUGUUUGGGGAAGAUAUUUUCACUUCGUUCAGGAAUGCUGCUGGCGAAGGUGCAUCUGGUAAUGCACCACGAAAGGCUGCUCCGAUAGAGCGGAACCUUCCUUGUAGUUUGGAGGAUCUAUAUAAGGGAACCACCAAGAAGAUGAAGAUAUCCAGAGAAGUUACUGAUGCUACUGGGAGACCCAGUACGACAGAGGAAAUUCUAACGAUUGAUAUCAAACCAGGAUGGAAGAAGGGGACUAAAAUAACAUUUCCAGAAAAAGGAAACGAGCAACGAGGCAUAAUUCCAUCAGACCUUGUCUUCAUAAUUGAUGAGAAGCCGCAUAGUGUCUUCAAGAGAGAUGGCAAUGACCUCGUUGUCACCCAGAAAAUCCCCUUGGUAGAGGCUCUUACUGGAUACACUGCACAAAUAACAACCCUUGAUGGACGGAAUCUAACUGUACCAAUUAAUUCCAUCAUUAGUCCAAAUUAUGAAGAAGUUAUCAAAGGAGAAGGUAUGCCCAUUCCUAAGGAACCUAGCAGAAAAGGCAACUUGAGAGUAAAGUUUAACAUCAAGUUCCCUAGCAAGCUUACUUCUGAGCAGAAAGCUGGCAUUAAGCGAUACUUGACAUGAUGAGUGGACAUUAGCUACUAUAGUUUUCCACCAAAUGCUACAUAAGCCGCACCCCGUCUCGUCUUCAUCAUGCAAAGAAAUGUGCACUUUGUUUAUUUGUUUAUUUCUUCUGCAACAUUUAAGUCUGUUAUUUCAAUAUCACUUGCCUUCUAAACCGAGCAUCCCGUGGAAUCUCUAUUUCCAUUGUUCUGUGUGGUGAUAGAGUACAGUUGGAUCCAA